AUGAGCGAGCCGUUGUCGGAGCCUCGUGAAGCGCCUGAGCCUGUUUCGCAGCCAGAAGCCAAGGCGUCAGCGUCGACAUCCGCGCAUGAUCGACGCCGACGCCGUCUCGACCGCGAGCUGGGCUUCUCGGCGCCAGGCCCCGCGUUCCAAAUGCAAGUGUCUGGCGCUAGCCCAGCGUCGGCGUCGGACGAUACAACACAACCUGAGACGUCCUCAUCGCCCUCGCAGCAUACACGUCACUCGCGCCGUAUUGCGCGUCCCUCGCAAGCGGCGCUGGAGAGCGGUAUGCUACGCAUGUGGCAGGCCAAACCGGACGGCGCCUUGGAUGUGGUGACCAAUACCAAACAGCUCUUACAGCAGUGCAUCGCCCUCCAAGAGCGGCUGGUGCAUGCCACGGACGAAGCUCGGUCGCAUGAGCACGCCACGCUGGUCCGUGAACUAUACCAUAUGAUGAAGUUUGUGAAUAAAGUACCGUACGAUCCAUCGAUCGCACAGAAACCUACGCACGAUGUAUGGACGGCCUUUGUCGCGCAGUGUGAGCUGGCUUCUCAUUUGUGGGUUGUCGACGAGCCUGUGGAAACGCCCCGUCGUCGUCCAAGCGAUACGGCGCGAGCACGAUCGAGUCCACGGCCUCGUAUGUCACCUGCCUUGACGCCCCCAGCGAAACGUGCUCGCGUCAUGUCACGAGGUAUAAAGCGCAGCUCACCGCCGUCGCCACCCGGCACGCUGGCCCUGGUGCCGUUGUCAAGUGCAGAGGUGGAUCCGUCCGACGUGCCGCCCCUCACGUACAUGGCGCCACAUCAAUGCCCAUGGCCGCCAAGCGUGCCAGGUGGCGAUCUCCGUGCGAUGCUAGCUUCUAUGCACAUGUGGGGCGAUGAGUUUGUGACGGAGGCGGUACGCGAGCAGCGCCUCGCGCGCGAGACAGCGCUGUACUGCCGCUUGGAUGCUAUGCGACGUGCUGGACAUACGCUGGAGCCGGAUGGCACUACGUCGCUCAUCAAAAUGAAGCCGCAAGAGGCGCCACGAGCCAAGGCUCAUUGGGACCAUGUAUUGGACGGGGUCGUGCACCGUUCGCAACGUAUGCGGCAACACCAUCGCAGCCGCAUGCAGCUGGCCAAAAAAGUGUCGCGUAUGAUUACGGCUCACUGGGACCGUGAGCUGCACAGUGACGAACGGGAGCAGAAGCUGGCAUGGCGUCGGCAGCGUGCACUGGCCAAGUGGACUAUGAAAGAAGUCCAGCGGCAAUGGAAAUUGGCCGUGACUGUGAUCCGUGGGCGUAAGCAGGAAGCGGAGCGCGCUGAGCGUGAAAAGCUCGGGAAGAAGCAGUUGCAGGCGAUUAUUGAGCAAAGUACGCAGAUGCUUGAGACGCAGCAUGCCGAGUUGGCUCUCGAGGAGGCGACGGAGGACGAAGAUGACGAAGACGAAGAACAGGAUGACGAAGUCGAUGAAGACCAGGACGAAGAGUCCUCGAUGAAGACGGCCUCGGAAGCGUCUGUGUCGUCCUCGGACGACACAGAAGAUGACGCGUUGGAGCAGGCCAUGUGGGAGGAAGACGAAGAAGACGAGGACGAAGACGACGACUUGAGAGCUGAUGCAGACUUGCCGCUGGAGGAGCUUAUGAAGAAGUAUGGCUAUGGCGCGCAUGAGCGUUCUUCCGCUGCUGCAUCGCCCUCUCGAUCAGCGUCGGAUCGGGCGGAUGACGACCGGAUGGAAGACGAUGAGGCGUCGCACGACGACGCCCAAGACGAAGAGUCUGACGACGAUGCGCAUGACAAGGAAGAAGAGUCCGACGACGACGGCCAAGACGAGGAAGAGGCUGAGGCGUCCGUAUCACUCCAGGCCCUGAUCGAUACCAAGGACGAGGCGGAUACGGCCCUGCCGAAAGUCCGACCCCCGUUCCUACUGCGUGGCACGUUGCGUCCCUACCAGCAAAUGGGCAUGGAAUGGCUCAUUAGUUUGUACAGCAACCAAAUGAAUGGCAUCCUCGCCGAUGAAAUGGGCCUUGGCAAGACCAUUCAAACGAUCUCGCUGCUAGCGCAUCUUGCAUGUGAUCGUGGCGUAUGGGGUCCUCAUCUCAUCGUUGCGCCUACGAGUGUCAUGCUUAAUUGGGAGAUGGAAUUUAAAAAGUUCUUACCAGGCUUCAAGAUCUUGUCGUACUAUGGCACACAGAAGCAGCGCAAGGCGAAGCGUGUGGGAUGGAAUACGCCCAACAGCUUCAAUGUAUGCAUUACGUCGUACCAGCUCGUCUUGGCUGAUCAGCAUAUCUUCCGACGCAAGCCAUGGGUGUAUCUUGUUCUCGAUGAGGCGCACCAUAUCAAGAACUUCCGGUCUCAGCGAUGGCAGACACUGCUAGGCUUCAAUUCCGAGCGCCGGUUGCUCUUGACAGGGACACCGCUGCAGAACAACCUGAUGGACUUGUGGAGUCUUAUGUAUUUCCUCAUGCCCCAAGGCCUGGAAAAAGUCGCUGCUGCUACGGGUGCGUUUACCAAUAUGAAGGACUUCCAGGAGUGGUUCUCCAAUCCCCUCGGCAAAGCCGCGGAAAGUACGCAGGCCAUGGACGAAGAAACGCAGGCGACGGUGGCGAAACUGCACAUGGUCCUUCGGCCUUAUGUUCUGCGCCGACUCAAGUCGGAUGUCGAGCGCGAGAUGCCAAAGAAGUACGAACAUGUGGUGCCUUGCCGCUUAUCCAAGCGCCAGCGCUUUUUGUACAAUGACUUCAUGUCGCGGGCCAAGACGCGAGAGAGUUUGGCGAGUGGCAACUACAUGAGCAUCAUCAACUGUCUUAUGCAGCUGCGCAAAGUGUGCAAUCAUCCUGACCUGUUCGAACCGCGGCCCAUUGUCACACCCUUUGUCACACGGGCCGUGGCGGCCGACUACGAAAUCGAGGCCUUGCUUGUGCGUCGUCGUUUGUUGCAGCAGGAUCCAUGGGCCCAUGUGAAUUUGGACUUUUUGCAUUUACGCUUUGCGGAGCGCGAGCCCCUUCUUACGCCCCUUGCGACGCGCCGCUACGCGACAUUGGAUGCUUCAGAACAGCUUCUUCAUCACGUUCCGCCCCCUGGCCCUCCGCCAAGUAUGGAUACCCGCUCUUUGUCUGCCUUCCACAAGGCCCUGGAGCACCAUCGGGCUCUGGCACGCUACGAACAAGCCCAUCAUGCAGCGUAUGUUAAUCAUAUGCGGUGCCAGGCGCAGCCCGUGUACGGUCGUAAUUUGUUGCGCAUGCUCCAAACAGCGACAGCACCGCUUGUGGUGCCCACGGAGAAUGGGGCGUCGCAUUCUCUGUGCUUUUCGCAAUGCGAUGCACUACGUCAUGCGUCGUUAUCGCAUUGUGAACGAGCCGAUCAAAUGCGCCCUGUGCUUACGCGCUUCUCUUUUGCGACACCACCAGCCAUCGCGCCGGCCUUGCCGCCUGUGUUGUGGGAGCACGCAGAGGUCUCGCCCUCGUUACGAGCUCGACCAGAUCCACUGCAUCAAGCGGCGGUGUCGCUCAACAUUGCCUUUCCGGAUGCUUCGCUACUCCAGUACGACUGCGGCAAGCUGCAGAAACUUGACGAACUCAUGCGCCGAUUGGUCGACGGAGGCCAUCGCGUGCUCAUCUUCACGCAGAUGACCAAGGUGCUAGACAUCCUCGAAAAGUUCUUUAAUUAUCAUGGCUAUCGUUACUUGCGUCUCGAUGGCGCGACCAAGGUGGAGCAGCGCCAAGCCCUGACGGAACGUUUCAAUCGCGAUUCACGUAUCUCUGCCUUUAUCCUGAGCACGCGGUCAGGUGGUCUCGGUAUCAACUUGGUCGGAGCGGAUACGGUCAUCUUUUACGAUCUUGAUUGGAAUGCUGCGAUCGAGGCACAGUGUAUGGAUCGUGCACACCGCAUUGGCCAAACGCGUGAUGUGCACAUUUAUCGAUUCGUUAGCGAGCAUACCAUUGAAGAGAACAUGCUGCGCAAGGCAAAUCAGAAGCGACGCCUGGACAGUAUGGUGAUCCAGCAGGGCGAGUUCACGACCGAGCACCUCAUGCGCAACGACUGGCGUGACAUGCUGGAUGAAGGUGGAAAGACGCUAGGCGGUAUUAAAGUGGGGGAAGACCUGGCAGGCGAUGAAAAGGACGUGGAAAAGGCGUUCCGUGCAGCGGAAGACGUGGAAGAUGCAGCUGCUGUGCAUGUUGCUGAUGAAGAAAUGCAAAUGGAUCACGCAGACUUUGAAGGCGAUGUACAGGCCGCUUCCUCCAGUCACGAUGCGGACAAGGAGGAGACGCGCGCGAGGUCCACGUCGGCGGUGCCUACCAACACUGACGACCCUGACGACGCUGUCCUGGACGAAGAGGAAGGCGACGAAGACGAUGACCUCACAGGCACCAUCGACGACUACAUGCUUCGCACCGUCGAAGCCGACUGGGCCUUCUUUGGCGCAUAG